AUGGCACCCACAAUUCUCAUUCGCCUCUUCCCUGCUCUUUUAUUCCCGCCUUUCCCCGUGAAUGCAGGAUACACAAACAGCCAGGGAGAAAACGGAAGUGGUACUUACGCACCAGACCCGCUAGACAUCCACAACCAAAGACUAGGUCUAGUCCAGGGAAUGAACGGCCGGCUGCGCUCUCAUUUUCGAUCCCGUUGGCUUGCCGCGUUUGUUCCAGACGAAAACCGGGCACACAGCUUCCCGGGCCGUUCGUCCAGGGUUUCUAAGAGCAAGAAUUCUCUUCGAUGCAAUCACCCGUGGAAAGUCUCAACGGCAGAAAAUCCCCACCCACAUGCCCACCAACCGAAAAGGGGCGGAUUGAAGAGCCGUGCCUAA